GUUUCGUCUCUCGAGUCUCAAGUGCUCUGUUCAGUUCCGUGAGGUUUUCCGAACCAAGAAACAUGCAAGCCUUUAUCGCAACAGCCCUUCUCAGCUUCGUCGCCUCGGCUCUAGCCGGUGGAUACGGAGGUGGUUACGGCGGUGGUUACGGCGGUGGUUACGGCGGCUACGCCGCGGCGCCCGUCGCCCUCGGUGCCACCUACGCUGCCCCGGCCGUGGGCUACGGAUACGGCGUAGCCGCACCCGUCGCCGCCAAGACCCUGUCCUACGGCGCCACCUACUCCGCACCCGUCGCUGCCUAUGCCGCCCCGGCCGUCACCAAGACCGUCUCGACGUACGCCGCUCCCGCCGUGGCCUACGGCGGAUACGGUGGAUACGGAGGCUAUGGUGGCUACGGAGGAGGACUGGGAUACGCGGCGCCGGCUGCCGUCGCCACCUAUGCCGCCCCAGCUGUAGCUAAGACCGUCACUACAUACGCCGCUCCCGCCGCUGUCGGCUACGGCUACGGAGGAUACGGCCUUGGCGGCUACGGAGGAUACGGUCACGGCGGAUAUGGAGGAUACGGACACGGAGGAUACGGAGCCGGCUACGUUGCCCCCGCCGUUGCUACUUACGCUGCUCCCGCCGUUGCCCGCUACGCCGUCCCGGCUGUAGCCAAGACCGUGGCCGUGGCUCCAGCCGUCGCCAGCUACGCCGUGCCGGCCGUGGCGACCAAGACUGUCGGCUAUGGCCUCGGCUAUGGUGGCGGAUACGGAGCCGGAUACGGAGCCGGAUACGGCAUCGGAUAUGGAGCCGGGUACGGCCUCGGCUACGCGGCGCCAGUGUACGGCCACUACGCUUCCAAGUACUACAAGAAAUGAGCGUAUACCAAGAUCAGCCUCUGAAGAGGAGCACUUCACAGCGCUCGCAAGAUUUUCGGGCUUCCACCAGGCAUCAGCGCAUCGAACGAGACUCACCAUCGAGACAAGCUUCCGCGCUUUUUCUUCGUAUUUAUUUUCUCGCUCGGCUGACUCGAGCUGCCGAUGCUUCUCCGUUGAAAAUAAAAAAGCUCGUGAAAACACUCA